AUGCGGGCGGGACCUCUGUCUGGAACUGAUCCGGCACUUGCACCCGUCCACCGGGCUAUACGGGAUCUUCUAUACCGACCUGGCCAUGAUGAUGGUUCUCUCGGUCCUCUUCUUGUACGGUUGGCCUGGCACUGUGCAGGGACCUACUGCGCCGUUUCGGACACAGGAGGCUCUAAUGGCGGCGCAAUGAGAUUUGACGACGAGGCUAAUGACCCGUCGAAUGCCGGGCUUGAAACUGCCAGGAGCGCACUCGACGACCUGAGACAUCAGCACCAGCUUUCAUGGCUGAGCCACGCAGACCUUUACACGCUUGCAGGAGUCGUAGCCAUUGAAACUCUUGGAGGACCCAAGGUAAAAUGGCUCGGUGGUCGGACGGACUACUCGGACGCCCGAGAAGCUUCAGCAUCGGGGAGUACGGUUGGGAGGCUCCCCGACGCCAGCAAAGAUGCGAGCCAUGUCCGGCAGGUCUUCCACCGCAUGGGUUUCGAGGACCGUGAUAUCGUGGCGUUGUGUGGUGCGCAUUGUCUGGGGAGAUGCCAUGCGGACAGAAGCGGCUUCGAGGGCAAAUGGGUGAGAAACCCGACGAGAUUCUCAAAUGCAUUUUUCCGAACGCUAAAAGCCCACGAAUGGCACCGGCGGUCGCUUGGGAAUGGGCUCUAUCAGUUUUCAAACAUUGCAGCCGGCGCCAGCCAGUCUGGUCGAGGCAGCGUGGAGGAGUUGAUGAUGCUACCGGCCGACAUGGCAUUGCUGGAAGACCCUGCUUUUCGAGUCUGGGUGGAUAAAUACGCCAAAGACAAGGAUCUUUUUUUCAAAGACUUUGCAGAUGCGUUUGCAAAGCUGCUGGAACUGGGAUUGAAGAGAGACACAGAUGGAAGACUCCUGCGAGCAAGUGGUCCCAAGGCAUCAUUAGUUGAUUGUCCUAUGCAAGCCAGGUUAUAG